CAGCGUAGAGAUUUUGAGCCAUACUGCACCUUCCUCUCCAUUUUUUUACUCUUAUUUAAAAAUUAAAAAAAAAAACCCUAAAACCUAAAAACCCUGAAAAUCUAAGAAUCCUUCUUCCUUCUCUCGCGACAGUCUCUCACCCUUUCACUUCCAUCUCUGCGAUCCCCGCUGUCGGAGAAAAAUCUGUCCGUGAAUCCAUUUUUGGAGCGAGCAUUGUGCAUGCCUACCCUUGCCUGCAUCUGCCAGAGGGCUUGAGGGUUAUUGCAAAAGUGUCACGUGUGUUUGUAACCUCACCGGAAAUAGCUCGGAGCAAGUCCAGAUAAGGUGCCGCUGUGAUCGGAAAUUUCUGCACACUUGUAAUGGAAGAAAUAGUGGAUGAUGAAAACAAACCUCGUUAUUAUGCCAUAUUCCCCAUUCCUUUCUAUCCCCACACACCUCUUUUUGUCUCGUAUUCAGAAGUGUAUCCCAAAAUUAUGGAAACAAACCCCGCAACAAUCACUGUUCAAUCCCAUCUUGUGUAGCAAUGCAUCCAUGGUUGGUGUUCUCAUUGCAUCCCUUAAGGACUUUGUGACCAAUGGCCACCUACCAAAUGCUUUCAAAACCUUCAUUCAAAUCCAGCACCAUGCUUCUUCACACCUUCUCCUGCAUCCCAUUAGCUCCCUUCUCUUUGCUUGCGCGAAGUUUGAGUCAUUGUCACAGGGUAAGCAGGUUCAUGGCCAUAUCAUCUCACUGGGUCUUUAUCAAAAUCCUGUCUUGGUUGCAAGGCUUAUUGGUUUUUACACAAAUGUUAAUAUCAUUGGCGAUGCCCAAUUUGUCACUGAGAGCUCCUGUACUUUGGAUCCUUUGCAUUGGAAUAUGCUUAUCUCGUCGUACGUUAAAAAUGGGCUCUGUGGAGAGGCUCUUUCUGUGUAUAAGAAAAUGUUGAGUAAGCAGAUUGAACCGGAUGAAUACACUUAUCCUUCUGUUCUCAAGGCUUGUGGGGAAUCGUUGGAUAUCAAUACUGGGGUGGAGGUUCACAGGUCUAUUGAGGCUAGCUCCAUGAAGUGGUGUUUGUUUGUGCACAAUGCUUUGGUCUCCAUGUAUGGCAGGUUUGGGAAUCUGGAAGUUGCGCGUAACUUGUUUGACAAUAUGCCAGUUAGAGAUACUGUUUCGUGGAACACUAUAAUCAGCUGUUAUGCCUCUAGGGGUAUGUGGGAGGAAGCGUUUCAGCUGUUUGGAAGUAUGCAGGAGGAGGAUGUUGAAAGGAAUGUGAUUAUAUGGAACACCAUUGCCGGAGGGUACUUGCAUUUGGGCAAUUUCGGAAUGGCACUUAAGCUGAUUUCCCAGAUGAGAACAUCCGUUCAUCUGGACGCGGUUGCAUUGGUCAUUGGGUUAAAUGCGUGUUCCCACAUUGGAGCCCUUAAAUUGGGAAAAGAGAUGCACGGUCAUGCGGUGCGAACUCACUUUGACAUGUUUGAGAAUGUGAAAAAUGCAUUGAUUACAAUGUAUUCUAGGUGUAGAGAUCUUGGGCAUGCAUUUAUGGUGUUUCAUAGAAUGGAAGAGAAAUGUUUGAUAUCUUGGAAUGCCAUUCUUUCUGGAUAUGCACAUGUGGAUCAAACUGAGGAAGUAUCCUUUCUUUUCAGAGAGAUGUUACGGAAGGGUGUUGAACCUAAUUAUGUGACCAUUGCAAGCGUUCUUCCCCUGUGUGCUCGCAUAGCGAACCUGCAGCAUGGCAGAGAGUUUCACUGCUACAUUAUGAAGCGUGAACAGUUUAAGGACUAUUUAUUGUUGUGGAAUGCCCUGGUGGACAUGUAUGCAAGGUCUGGCAAAGUGUUAGAAGCCAGAAAAGUGUUCGAUUCAAUGAGCACAAGAGAUGAAGUUACAUACACUUCCAUGAUUUUGGGAUAUGGUAUGGAGGGUGAUGGAGGAACAGCUCUAAAACUAUUUGAAGAGAUGUGUGAGUUGGAGAUUAAGCCAGAUGUAGUGACCAUGGUUGCAGUUCUCACAGCUUGUAGUCAUUCUGGUCUAGUAGCACAGGGGGAAUUGCUGUUUAAAAGGAUGAUAGAUGUUUAUGGGAUAGUUCCACGCCUCGAGCACUAUGCGUGCAAGGCUGAUCUCUUUGGGAGGGCUGGUUUUCUGAAAGAAGCGAAGGAGGUUAUCACAGGGAUGCCGUACAAGCCAACAUCGUCAAUGUGGGCUACUCUCAUAGGGGCUUGUCGAAUCCAUGGAGACACAGUGAUGGGGGAAUGGGCAGCAGGAAAAUUGCUAGAGCUGAAACCUGAUCAUUCAGGUUACUAUGUGUUGAUUGCCAACAUGUAUGCUGCUGCUGGUUGUUGGAGCAAACUAGCAGAGGUGAGGACUUAUAUGAGGAAUUUGGGCGUGAGAAAAGCUCCUGGUUGUGCUUGGGUUGAUAUUGGCACUGAGUUCUCUCCCUUUAUGGUGGGGGACACUUCUAACCCUCAUUCAUAUGAGAUUUACCCUUUGAUGGAUGGAUUGAAUGAGCUGAUGAAAGAUGCUGGUUAUGUCCGUAGUGAGGAGUUUGUUUCAUCCGAGGAAGAAUUUGAGGAGAUGAAUAUAGUAGGGAAUGUAUACUAAGUAGAAGUUAGAAUAUGUUUUAUUUAUACAGUUUCAAACUGGAGCAGUUUGUCACCUAUAAAACAGAAACUUGCUAGAUGAAGCAAAAAAAUUGAACUCUGCACACUGUAAUUAUCGUGGUCAUUUUACUUUUACACCUAUCAAAUUAAAAUCAGCCAUUUGACGAUUUAAA